AUGACAGAGUUCACAGAGACACUAAAUAAGAUUCCAUGCUGCAUUUGUGGCAUUAUGAUUGAACCAAACCCAAGUAAUAUGUGUGUUGAUUGUUUACAGAAAAAUUACUCAAUUUCUGACAAAUUACCACAAUCAUUAUCAGUAAACUAUUGCAGAGGAUGCGGUCGCUAUCAAGAAAACAAAAAUCAUUGGAUCAAUGCACCACUUGAAUCACCAGAACUCCUUAAAAUUUGUUUAUCAAGAUUGACCAACGUAAAAGAUGCCAAAAUCGUUGAUGCAAAGUUCUUAUACACUGAGCCACACUCCAGAAGAAUCCGUGUUGAGCUCACAUUAGAAUCAGUUACUCCAGAAAACGUAACUCUUCGUCAAUCUGUUAUUGUUACUUACGUAGUCACUCUUCAGCAGUGCCCAGAUUGCCAAGAGGCAGCUACACCACGUGCUCACUGGAACUCAAACGUUCAAUUACGCCAGGCCGGAAACUCAAAGAGAUUGUUAUUCUGGAUAGAACAGCAAAUCCUUACAUACAAUGCCCAUGAAGGCUGCACAGGUGUUGUAAGAGUUAGUGAUGGCCUUGAUUUCCACUAUCCAGAUAAGGCUGGCGCUGGAAAACUCGUAAAUUUUGUAAAAUCUAAGAUCCCGAUUUUAACAAAAGAAAGUGGAAAACUUCUUAGCGAAGACUUCCAAUCGAUGACUGCCGAUGUCCGUUUCUCAUUCCUUGUCAGACUUCCACCAAUGUCGAGACAAGAUUUGAUUGUCCUUCCUAAAGAGAUCGUAAGUGCUAAUGGUAAUCACAGCCAUGUUGCUCUUGUCCAUAAGAUCUCAAAGAUUAUCAGAUUAGUUGAUCCUUUCACUGGAAGAUUCAUCGAUAUUGAUGCAAUAACAUUUUGGAAGAAGCCAUUCGAGCCAGUAUUCGUACAUGAAGAUCUCAAGCGCUUUGUAGUUCUAAAUGUUGAGCAUAUCGAUACAAAUGACAGAGAUUGCAGAUUUGACAUGGCAGAUGUCGAAAUUACAGAUGAAGAAACAUACGAAGACAGAUUUAUUGUUAGAACACAUCUCGGUGGCAAGUUGAGAGAAGGAUUUGUCGUUCUUUGUUACGAUAGAAGAAUUACAAACAUUCCUGACACUGUUGCUGCUGUUUUUAAGAAGAAAAAGAUCCCAGAAAUCAUCAUCGCUGGCCGUGCUCCACCUGAGAAGAAGCCAAAGAUGAAAGUCAAAGAAUUAACACCUCAUCUUUCUGAUGAUGACGAACAGUUCAAUGCUUUCAUGGAAGACCUCGUUGAUGACUCAGAAAUGAGACAGGAUGUUAAUAUCUAUAAAGAAGGAACUGAAGAGAAAAUGCCAGAAGAAGAAAUUGAAGCUGCAAUUGAACAAGAAUAA